AACUUCACGCCUUCGCACGAUUGCUCCAUUUACGCGAUGCUAACCGUUUUCGGUAUCCCAACCUAACUAUUUUUUAAUUAAUAUUUUUUAUAUUAAGAUUCGUGUGUGCUUUCAUUACAGCUUUAAGUGCUUCUCACAUUUUUUAUUUAACGGCUUUUGGAAUCAACCCAGUUACUGAAUUUCCUGAAUAAUGAGUAUCAUAAAUCAUCGUGUGCUACUAGAGGAUCACCCAUCAUACUUAAAAUGGUUUGGAACUGGUGCUGUUACGCUCAUUUAUGCUAAAAAACUUAGUGUAUCGUCAAAUAGUGAAGAUAGGAAUCUUAAUAGCGACAUUGACCCAGAGACAUCAGUUGAGGAGUGUGACCUUACUGGGCAGCCUCUUUACGUGGAUUUAGGUGAUAAUUCAAAUAAUGCAAUAGAAACUUUAACACAUCAAAGCCAUGAUCGUAUAUGGCCUAAAGAUGAGCUGAGACAUUAUCCUCUUCCAGUGAGAGAAGCCAGGAAGACACUGAAUAAAAUUCUAAGAGAAGGAAAUGUUGGAGCUUCACAACCUUAUUAUGUAUUGUGUGCUGGUGACGACAGUUCAAAAACUGUUCUACUGGGAGCUAAUAUUAGUGAUUUUAUGGGGUGUUCAGUACAACUGUUAAAACCACUACCUGCAUGUAAAGUUGAGAGCAGCUUGGAAGACAUGGUUCUUGCACAUUUGAGAAAUUGUUUUACCGACAACAGCCAGAUAAAAUAUUUAGUUAAAAUGUCUUACAACGUUUAUGGAGGGAAUAUAGACAAUACCACUGAUCAGAAGGCUUCAAAAAUACUAACUGACGGAAAUAUUUCCGUUGAUAUUACUGCGCAAAAAAAUAUCUUUAGGCCACGUAAAAACGGUGUAGUCGAUGUAAAAAUGAAUGUAUCCGUUGUUGUCGGGCACCCACUUUUAAAAUUAAGCUUCAUUUGGCCACAGUUAUUGAAGCUGCAACGAAUAUUUAGUAUUCUUUCAGACAGCAGCAAUUUUGGAAAUAAUGAAGGAAAAGUUUAUGAAAAAAUGUCUCUUUGUGAUGUUCCUUUGGAUACGGACGACAUUCUUCAAAGUAUAACUAACUUGGUUUCAAUAAAGGAGUUUUGUCCAAUUAGGAAAAAGGAUGUUGUUGAUGUAAACAACCUAAGGCAUUUGAAUAUCUUAGAUCGGUUAUGGGAUAUUUUAAGUUGCUGUGAAAAUGUAUCAGAGUUGAACUACAGUUUUAGUUUUUUGUUCUCAGAAUUACUCGAAAUAAGAUCGAACAUCUGUCUGGUGGAUGUGUCUGAUAACAUUGGCAUUUUGAUAAAACGAAUAUUAGAAGGCCACCGGGUAAUGCCAAAAAACUCUGUAAAACAAAGUCUGGAGUUUCUUUUCGAAUUGGGUGCUCGGAAACUGAAACUAGAUUUUCAAACUAUUAUUUCCCAAUUCCCCGGUUUCGAUAAAACUCAUAUGGAUUCUAUUUGGAAGUCAAUUUCCACUACUCCACCGCUCAGAUCUACAACUUUCAACAAAACAAUUGUGAAAAUGCAAGAACAACUGGCAUAUUUGUGUCAGUUGUAUGUCGCCUCUGAAUUAUUCUAUUUAGUAAAAGAUCAGGUGAAUAUGAGCGAAGAUGGUUACAAACCCUUCUGCAAGUCAAUUGAACAGGAGUAUAUUUUCGAUAAAAGUAAAAUUACCGAUUUCAAGGAAAUAAUUAGCACUCCCUUGCACGCCGUACACUUCAAUUUAGACAUCAAUUAUGCAUCGUUUAUUGACAGCAUGCUUCCAUCUCAAUGGACAUUAACUAUGGAAUCCGGUCGUGAAACAACUAUUUACCAUCUAUCUCCUCAACCAAUAUACCCACCAGAAAUUAUCUCUCAUGUUCCACCCCCAGAUAUUGAUGGUCCGUUCUUUUAUGUCACCAAGAUGAAUCGAAGCUACACAAAACUGUGUUAGUGUAUUUACUACUGAAAUAUUACAGAUCCUAGACUUAGUACUUUUCUAAGAUUUUAGAUGUUACAGAUUUCAGUAGUUGUUUAACUAUAAGUUAAAUUUAUAUUGCAGAACUUUGGCAUGUUUAUAAUUGUGUUUAUAAUGAAUAUUUAUUAAUUUGCCCAUUUUUUGAGAAACAAUAUAAAUACAUAAUUUAAAUCA